AUGACAGCCGACACUCUCAGUCUCUCCGGCAAGAUCGCCAUCGUCACCGGCUCCGGUCGCGAAAACGGCAUCGGCGCCGGCAUCGCGUACGUCCUCGCGCGCAACGGCGCCUCCGUGGUGGUCAACCAUGUAUCGGAUGCUUCCAAGGCGCGCGCCGCCCGUGUCGCUGACACCCUACGCGCGCUGGGCGGCCAGGCCAUUGUCGUGCAGUCGGCGGUGGACACCAUCGAGGGGGCCCGUCAUCUCGUCCAGCAGACCCUCCUAGGCUUCCAGACGGACCACAUUGAUAUUCUGGUCAACAACGCGGGCGUGGCCUUCUUCAGCCGCAUCACAGAGGAGCCCAACGUCGAGGAGCUGGCCAAGAUCUUUCAGACCAACACCCUCGGUCCCUUUUACAUGGUGAACGCGGUCAUUCCGUACAUGCCAAGCGGGGGCCGCAUCAUCAACGUCAGCUCAACCAACUCCAAGAGAGGAAACGCCCAUGUUUCCACGUAUGCAGCGUCCAAGGCUGCCCUGGAUAGUCUGACCUGGACAUGGGCGGAGGAGCUUGGUCGCAGCAGAGGCCUCACCGUCAACUCGGUGGCCCCUGGCCCAGUCAAGACCGACCUCUACCCCGAGGGACUGGCGGACGAUCUCAUGCAGCCCGAGAUUGCCCUGACACGUGCUGCGGACCGCGCAGGUACGAUUGAGGACAUUGGGGAUGCGGUACUCCUCCUGAUCAACGAAAAGGCCAGGUGGAUCACGGGACAGUACAUUGGCGUGAACGGCGGUGUUACGUACUGA